GGGAGAGGGGCCAAUGGCGAGGGGCGGUAGUUUAAAGGGUAUUUAAGGGAGAGGUUUGAAUUCAAACAGCCGCGGCGGCUGAAGGCGGUGGAAGACGCUAGAGGCUGAGCUAUAUGUAACUUUUCUUCUUGGGCACUAUGGACAGGAAUACAAAAGAGAACUGUUCUGGGUACCCUAGUCGUGUUAUGAAGACUUCUAAUCCCAUCGGGGAUGGCCCAAAACGUGUCCCUGUGUCUCAGCAUUCUGUCCAGAACCGGAUAACGAAUGGUGGAGGUCAAGCACAACGUGUUCUGUGUUCUUCAAACUUUGCCCAGAGAGUUCCUGUGCAAUCACAAAAAUCUGUACUGUCAAACCAAAAACUGUCUAAUGACCAGACAACGCUGCAGCCUCGACCAAAACUGGUUCAAGCGACUGCCACGUCUCAAGUUCCAAGCAAGAACAAUGAAAAACCUAAACAGGCUCCAGUACCUGCAAAAACCUCUGAAGCAGAAAGCACCUCUAAACAGAAAAAUGAAGAGACUACUAAAAAGAAAAAUGAAGAGAAUAAAAAAAGGCAGUGGUCUCUUGAUGAUUUUGAAAUUGGUCGCCCUCUGGGGAAAGGAAAAUUUGGAAAUGUCUACCUGGCACGUGAAAAGCAGAGUAAAUUUAUUCUUGCACUGAAAGUGCUCUUUAAAACACAACUUGAGGAAGCUGGUGUUGAACAUCAACUACGAAGAGAAGUUGAAAUACAGUCUCAUCUUAGGCACCCCAACAUUCUCAGAUUAUAUGGUUACUUCCAUGAUGUUACAAGAGUUUACCUUAUUCUAGAGUAUGCACCUCGUGGAGAAGUCUAUAAAGAACUUCAGAAGCUUACCAAGUUUGAUGAGCGAAGAACUGCCACUUACAUCACAGAACUAGCAGAUGCCCUAUCAUACUGUCAUUCAAAGAGUGUGAUUCACAGAGACAUCAAGCCAGAAAACUUGCUGCUUGGCUCAAAUGGCGAAUUAAAAAUCGCUGACUUUGGAUGGUCUGUGCAUGCUCCGUCUUCUAGGAGAACAACUCUCUGUGGGACACUUGACUACCUGCCUCCUGAAAUGAUUGAGGGAAGAACGCAUGAUGAAAAUGUGGAUAUUUGGAGCCUGGGAGUUCUGUGCUAUGAAUUCCUUGUAGGGAAACCACCUUUUGAAGCAGAAACAUACCAGGAAACCUACAGAGCUAUUUCCAGGGUGGAAUUCAGGUUUCCUCCAUUUGUAACAGAAGGUGCAAGAGAUCUAAUUUCAAAGCUUCUGAAGCAUAACCCACAACAUCGACUGCCUCUGAAGGAUGUGUUGCUUCAUCCAUGGAUUACAGUAAACUCUACAAAGAUGCCCAGCAGUAGAAAGAGUGACGCUGCUACCCCAUCUGGCACACAGUCUUAGCAGGGGUAGUAUCAUAGGAUUAGCAUGUACUGUGACUACUGCUUACAAUAUGAAAAGCAUGUCUUGGAAUCUAAUGGCAGUUGGAAUGCAAAUCUUAGGGUUGGACAGCAUUUGAAACUCUAAUUGCAGUGUAAUAGUUGACUUUCAGAUGGAGGUUGUGGAAUCCUUAAUAUACUUGACAUCCAGUUAGUUACAUGUGAGCCAGGUUUGAUCUAAGUAUUAAGCUGCUCAAGGCUGUUAUGAUGUGGUCUGUCCUGGUAAUGGUUCAUUGCUCUAACAACAAGAGGAAGUUGUUGGUCUAGCUUAUUGGGCAGUGCAAUAUCCUGGAGAUACCUGCCUCCUAAUUUAUUGGGCUGCUAAGGGUAUCAUAACUGUGGUGUAAUCUGAAACUGAGCAAGAUGAAUGUGUUUCUCCACGUGUCCUAAAAAUGAUGUGUACAUUAUUUGUCUUUUGUCUUAAAUGGGAGCACUCAACUUUUCAAAUAAAGACUUGUUAUAUACU